UCAGCCCUCCUCCCCCUCCUCAAGAAACGCCUGCAAGGCGUCGGCCUUUUCUAGGACAUUCUGCUCCUCCUUCUCAAAUUCCCCCUCCCCCCUGGGCCCACCCCCAGACCCCAUCUCGUCCUCACUCAGUGCAUCAGCAAUCGGCGCGAGCUCCUCCCUCGUGCGCGCCUGCUGCACACGAUGCAGCAGCUCCUCGAGAGUGUUGUCGACGCGCGAAGUGUGGAAGCAUGGCGGCAGCUUGCAUGACGGCUCGCUGCUGGCGAGGCGGUGCAAGGCCAUGAAGAAGUGGAAGAGCCAGUUGGUGACACAGCCCUUGACCCACAUCAGCUGGAAGUCGACAACAACCAUUGCAGCCGCCGCGCAGCGCUCCUCAGGCAGCUCCAACUCAUGUGUCUCGCGACUCCGCUUGGUGCCCCUGGUGGCCCUGGUCUUGCCAGCUGAUUCGUCUGCUGUCGGACGGAGCUUGGAAGGCGGCCUGACGCUGCGCUUCGGGCGCCCGUCGGUGGCACCGGGAGUCGGGAGGUCGUCAGCCAUGUCAUCUUGCACUGAGUCAGGCUGAUCUUCCAUGUUAUCGGGGUCUUGUGGCGGUGAGACGAGUGUGUGCGGGACACCCAUGCCUCGCUGGUUGACCAUGAGGAGGAACCCAAUGGCCGUGUCCUGCAUGCACGGGGGGAGGGCAGAGUACACGCAGUGAUGCAUGGACGUGCACGUGUGUGACUGGUGCGUGAGACAUGUGAUCAUGAACCGAUUAAUACCCACCCAUGACUGCAUGAGUGCCUCGAUGGUGGGCUGCCUUCCUUCCCAGCAGCGAAAGUAGCGAAACUUCCUCUCGGUCCCUCUGUAGUAGGCGACCUGUUGAAACAAAGACAGAGACACAGCGUCCAUCUGUGCCCUUCUCUCCCCUGUUAGCUGUUAGCUCACCGCGAAAGACUGGUUGUGUUUGUUCCAAUACACGCGGUUCACGCCGGUCUGGCUCGUCCGCUUCACGCCGUUGGCCACGUCCCUCUUCUUCGAGCCUAUGCCGGGGAACAGGUGGUGGGGGAAAGGGUAGCUCUCUCGCAUCUCUUUCGUCGACUCCAGGUCUUCCAGCUGUACGAGAAAGAGGAGGACAUGUGCCUAAGAGAAGGAGAGAGGCCUCCUCAGCACUGAGUCACUGACCUGCCCAUGCGCGAAUUCCCCGCUGUCCUGACCGUCAUCUUCGAACAGCAGAUCAGUCGAGGGGAAGUGGCUGCGAGUGGAGGCGAACUGCCCGUUCGGACGACGGUUGCCCAUCUGUUUGUCUCGCGGGAUGCUGCCGCCCUCCUGCCCAUCCUGAUACUGCAGCAGGAAGGUACGAGCCGCCUCACGAGCAUUGAGCCAUCCGUAACGCUACAGCAUAGAGACGAGCAGAGGGUGGAGCUCUGCUGUGUGUGAGACCGUUCUGCGGUUUCUCACUUUUGACGAGAAGGUCUUCAUCCGUCGCUUGUUCGUCUCAGGCUCCCGAUAGUUGACCCGCCACUCCUGCAUGACACUCACAGCACAGACAUGGGAGCCGUCCGUGUCGGUCUUGUCUCUCUCUGAUUUGACCUUCUUGGCAUGGUGGAAGUAGCAUCCAGCCGGCAGGUCAGCCAGACCAUUACACAUCCCGCUCUCCCCGUCGUGGCCCUGCGAUGUGCCGUCUCCCUCUGCAGCAAUGCCGGCAGCCCCAUUCGUCAUGAUCUUCGUCUCGAGAUCAUGGCUGAAGUCCGAAGGGGGCAGAGCGGCGUUUGUUGGGACGCCGGCAGCAGCAGCGCCGAGCCCAUUGCAGAGCCUUUGUGUGUGAUGAGUGGCAUCACUCCAGCCCGGCUGAGCCCUCCUGCCCUCGCAUGAGGACUGCUCUCCGUUGCCGUGCGGUGCGUUGUUGACGAACGUUGCAGAUUCGGCGGUGGAGAAGCGCGAGAUGUGUAUGUUUUGUCUGUCGUUCUGGGGAGGGUUCAUCAUGAGGGCUCCACCC